GCUAUUUUUCAGUUUGUAACUUUUUCAUAGGAACUGCUGCCAUGUCCUACCAACCACUUAACUGCCUGACUGAAAAGGGGGACAGCCCCAAUGAAGCCACAGGAAAUGGACCCCCCAAUCUGCCUCACCCAAACCUGAACAUGUUUACUCCAGAGGAGCUGCUGCAGCAAAUGAAAGAACUCCUGACUGAGAACCAUCAGCUGAAAGAAGCCAUGAAGCUAAAUAACCAAGCAAUGAAAGGGCGAUUUCAGGAGCUCUCAGCCUGGACAGAGAAACAGAAGGAGGAACGCCAUUUUUUUGAGAUCCAGAGCAAAGAAGCCAAAGAGCGUCUAAUGGCUGUGAGUCAUGAAAAUGAAAAAUUAAAGGAAGAACUUGGAAAACUAAAAGGGAAAACAGAAAGGUCAUUAGAGGAACCCACUGGGGACCCCCAGGUCCCCGAGGCAGAAGCAGAACAGGAAAUGGGACAACUGAAGACCCAAGUGUCACGACUUCAAGCUGAAAAGGCAGAUCUGCUGGGCAUUGUGUCUGAAUUACAACUCAAGCUGAGCUCCGGAGGCCCCUCCGAAGACUCCUUUGUUGAAAUAAGGAUGGCUGAAGGAGAAGCAGAUGUGGCAGUGAAAGAAAUCAAGACGAGUCUUGGGCCCACGAGAAUUGACUCCAUUGACACGAGCAGAUCUCCAGAAGGUGCCAGGAGUUGUUUGGAAUCUGAGGAAUUAACUGUGCGCCAGCUCCUGCUUUGCUUGAGGGAAGGGACCCAGAAGGUGGAAAGGCUUGAAAAGGCACUGAAAGAAGCCAAAGGAAGAAUUUCAGAUUUUGAAAAGAAAGCCAAUGAUCGUUCGGAUAUGGAGACCCAGACAGAGGGGAACACAGAAAAAGAGGAAGAAGAGAAGAAAGACACAGAAACUGUUGGAAGUGAAGUGGAAGCCUUGAACCUUCAGGUGACAGCUCUGUUUAAGGAGCUUCAGGAGGCUCAUAUGAAACUCAGUGAAGCUGAGCUAAUGAAGAAGAGACUUCAAGAAAAAUGUCAGGCCCUUGAAAGGAAAAAUUCUGCAACCCCAUCAGAGCUGAAUGAAAAGCAAGAGCUUGUUUAUAAUAACAAAAAGUUAGAGCUACAAGUGGAAAGCAUGCGAUCAGAUAUCAAAAUGGAGCAAGCAAAAACAGAAGAGGAAAAGUCCAAAUUAGCCACUCUACAGUUGACACACAACAAACUUCUUCAAGAAUUCAGUAAUGCAUUGAAAACAGUUGAAGAAUUAAAACGGAAAGAGUCAGAAAAAGUGGAUAAGGUGGUGCUGCAGCAGCUAAAUGAAAAACUGGAACUGGCAGAGAAGGCGCUGGCUUCCAAGCAGCUUCAAAUGGAUGAGAUGAAGCAGACCAUCGCCAAGCAGGAGGAGGACCUGGAAACCAUGACAGUUCUUAGGGCGCAGAUGGAGGUUUACUGCUCGGACUUUCAUGCUGAAAGAGCAGCAAGAGAGAAGAUUCAUGAAGAAAAGGAGCAACUGGCAUUGCAGCUGGCAAUUUUGCUGAAAGACAAUAAUGUUUUUGAAGAUGGAGGCAGCAGGGAGUCCUUGAUGGAAAUGCAGAGCCGUCAUGGAGCCAGAACCAAUGACCCUGACCAACAGGACUACCUCGUUCAAAGAGGAGCUGAUGGUAGUAACUGGCAGCAACAGCAGCAGCAAAAUAGACCAGUUCAUUCUUGCCCCAAAUGUGGAGAAGUCCUGCCUGACAUAGAUACAUUACAAAUUCAUGUCAUGGACUGCAUCAUCUAAGUGUUGACAUUUCGCCUCCCCCAAACUGCUGGUAAAUGUCAGAUUUCUUUCCUCCAAGAGUUCUACUUUUGUGUUAUUUGUUUUCACUCAAAUAUUUUGGCUCAUUAUGUUUGUUUUAGGAGAAAGAAAACCAGUAUGUUCCAUAUAGGACAUAUUUUUGUGUGGAUUUCCAUAAAAUCGCAAAAUAGAAUUCUUAACAUACCAUUCUUCUGAUAAUAGAAUCAUUUCUUUAAAUGUUCAGUUUAGGUGAGCAUUGAACUAUUUGUUCAUGCAGUUAAUGAGGGUAUGACAUCAUGGGACAUAAUAAAUGUAAUUAUAUGGAAGAAGUAUUACUGGUAAACUUUACCUUUUAAAUAGGCAGGAAAAAUGAAGUGGUCACAGAUUUCUUCAAGAAAAAGAUCUCUGAAGUAUUUGUGAAAUAAAUUAUAUUAUUAUUUUUCUUCCUCCACUUAAGACAAACCUAUUUGGGUUAUGUAUAUAUGUGUAUGUUGUAGUUCUACUGCAGCCACAGUUGUACCAAAGUUAUAAUGUGGCUUUUUUCAUAUGAGCACUCUGAGCUUUUACUUGGCCAUCAGGACAAAGGGAAAAAUUUUGGCCUAGAUGAAGUGGAUACAUUAGGGUCACUGGAUUUGAUAUAACCACAGUGCAAAUAAGUCAUCUUUAUUCUUUCAUUGUGCUGCAGGUAUGUGGGCUUGUACAGUAGAAAAUUUAUUCAUUUCUAAAAAGAACCACUAUUUAUUCAUUCUCUUCCUAGAUUAGGCUAUAUAAUCACAACCAUAAAAAAGUUAUUGCAAAAUAAAAUUUUGCUUAUGACUCUUUCACAUUGUCAUAUGUGAUUAGCUAAUUUCAUAGGAUGCAUUUUCUGGAUUCAGCUUCAUAUAAGCUUAUUGCUUGAUUCAGAUCUGUUCUGUUAAUUCUAUAAAUAUGAGCAAAUCCCUUUACUAGAGACCAGUAUGUGUUGUUUGAAUUAGAAAGUGUUCUAGCUAAGGAGGUGAAAACAUAGGGAUGUGCCAUAUUUUGUGAACCUACAGUUAUUAGCUAAUACUGGGCCUGCCAUAAAAGUAAACAAUAACCUAUGUAUCUAGAGCCUAUAACAUUUAACAGAAAAUGAAAAUAUCUUCUGUUUGGCUUUGUCAUAAGAAUCUCUCCUAGACAAACUUGAUUUAACACACUCAUAUACACACACAUAUGGAAUCAAACAGGAAAUCAAAGAGAAAUGAAAUCAAAAUAGUUCAUUAUGCCUUCAUGCCAAGAGAACACACUGUACAAAUUCAAUAGCAACUUAGAUUAAAAGAUUUUCCCACUUCAGCCCAGGGAGAAUGUUUGCUUAAAAACAUUUCUAAAAUUAAUUAUGAAAAUUUUACUUUUAAUUUCUUGCUUAAGGCUUCUAGUUUAAUUUUUCUCUACUACUUUAUACCAGGGAAAAUAGAUUUCUAUAUUAUCUAAAAUAGAAAAGCAAACCAAAUGGUUUUACAUUUAAGUUUUGGGGGAUAUUCUUUUACUUUGUUCAAGUAAAAAUAUUAAGUAGGUCACAACUCUGAGAUACCUAGAAAUCCUCCAAACACCUGGAGAUUAAAUAACACACUUGUAUGUAGUACAUGGGUUGAGAAAGUCUCAAGAGAAAUUUUAACAAAUAAAAUGAAAAUAUAACAUCAAUAUUUCGGGAAUGAAGCAAAAGCAAUGCUUAGCAGGAAACCUAUAGCAUUGAAUGCCUAUAUAGAAAAGAAGAAAGAUCUAAAAUCAAUAAUCUAAGCUUCCACUUUAAGUAACUAAAAAAAGAAUGGUAAAUUAACCCCCCCAAACAGCAGAAGAAAAUAAAUAAUAAAAAUUAGGGCGGAAAUCAGUUAAAUUGAAACCAGGAAAUCAAUAGAGAAAAAUCAGUAAAACCAAAAACUGAUUCUUUGAAAUUAUCUAUAAAAUUGGCAAAGCUCUAGCCAGGUUAACUAAAAUUUUAAGACACAAAUUACUAAUAUCACCAGCAGUGAAUAAUUGGAACUUGAAAUUAAAAAGCACAGUAACAUUUAUAUGAGCACCAAAACGUGAAAUAGGUAUAAAUAGAAUAAAAUAUGUACAAGAUCUGAUGAAAGAACUCAAAGAACUAAGUAAGUGGAAAGAUACUCCACAUUCACGUAAAGGGAGACUCAGUAUUGAGAUGUCAAUUCUUCCCACCCUGAUCUAUAGAUUCCACAUGAUCACAAUCAAAAUCUCAAUAAGUUAUUUUGUAGAUAUCAACAAACUGAUUAUAAAAUUUAUACAGAGGCAAAAGACCUUCAGAAUGGCCAACACAGUAUUGCAGGAGAAUAAAAUUGGAGGCUACUACCAGAGUUCAAGAAAUACUAUAAAGCUAUAAUAAUCAAGAUAGCAUGGUGCUGGUGAAAGAAUAGACAAAUAUAUCAAAGGAACAGAAUAGCAAGCCCAGAAAUAGACCCAGAGAGUUCACUGGUCUUUGACAGAGGAGAAAAAGCAAUUUUAUGGAGAAAGGAUAGUAUUUUUAACAAAUGGUGCUGGCACAACUGGACAUCCAUGUGCAAAA